AUGACGCGACAGACAGCCAGCAAACGCAGCUGGUGCCCACCACCAGAUCAAAUAACGUAUAGAGAGUUAUUACGCUUUGAAGAGCGUUUAAAACAGAAUGCAACGGCGCUCCGUAAGCGUAGACGGAGGUAUGAGUGUAAGAUUAAAGUAUUUCUACUUUUUCUGAUAUCAACUUCUGCUGUUCUUGCGUGGAAUGUAAUAGAUAAGCAAAACUCUUCUAGAUACGUCCCACAUUGCAAUAGGGCACUCAGAUCGUUCAAUAUGGCACUCAAUAUGCGCCUUAUGAGCCCGUCAACUCCUUUUUCACUCUUCAGGCGGCCCGCAAAAGCUGCAAAGGUUGCUUCACAACAGCGUCAGAAGGCCAUGUCUAGUUUACCACCAACGACGAACCCUCGCGGCGAGCUCGUCUUUAGUCAUCGUGUUGAUAAGAGUUUCAGGGACGGUUAUGACAAAUACAGGGCAGCAUUCGAGCGUAAGAGAACGCAAGCAUUAGCUGCAAAAAAUACAUCAAAAAUGCCCCAGGUAAACGUAAAUAUACCUCGCCAAACAGCCCCCCAUAAUCGCAAUGAAAGUUUCAGUUUUCUCCUCAAUGAUAAAGCAGCCAAGCAAUGA